AUGUUCCGUUGGUUAAAGAAAAAGUACCAAAAGAAUAACGAGAAUUCUAAAUCUUCUACAUGUAGAAGAUUGUCUUUUCCCGACGUAAUUGACCACGAGUUCUAUUUUGGAAAUUUGAAGCAGCUUGAAGAUAGGCAAUACCGCAGCUACUCAAACCUGUCCACUGAUUUCAGCUUCGAGCACAUCUAUGCUGAAAUUGACGAUCGAGAUUCGUUACCAGGUACAUCACUAUCGGAACUAUCGGUGGUUGAUAUAGUAGAAGAUGGAUACGAAGAAGUCAAUUCCGUGCCGCUUUCACCAUUCCGACCAGCCACUGACGAAGACGAUGGCUAUCUCAUACCAUUGAGACCGUGUUCAAGUGGGUCUGACGAAGAUGCUCAAAAGUUCCUUAAUUAUUUUGUCGUGACUCCAGAAAAAGACUUAGUUACAAAAACUGUGAGCAAUUCGAUCAUGAGAGCCUCAAGAUCAAGCAAUGGUCGCACGAUGCAGCUCAGUAAGAGAAAAGAAGUCAAAUCAUGGCAUGGACGUAUUGGUCCUCUCUCUUCGGAAGACGAUCUAUGGGAAGAUGUUACAAAUGAAUUUGUGUUUCAAUUGGAUACUGUAGCAACUGUUGAGAGAACUCCUUCAAAACUUAGCAGCCUUAGUCGAAAAAUACCUUUUUGGAAUAAACAUCGUGGAGGUGGACAGUCAACUAAAGAGAACGUGGCGUCGAAAAAGAAGUGUAAAAACGUUGGAUUGUCUAGAACGAACCCGUCUUCGAACAAUUCAGACUCUCUUGGCAGUUUCAGCGAUCUCAGUGACGAUACGUAUUAUUGUGAAGUAAGAACAGUCCCAGAAACAGCCUCAGUAUUUCAAGAAAUGCCAUACUUCAACCCAAGAUGUGGUUUCGGACUAAAUAAAUGGUAUAAAUCCUAA